UCUCCUCUGAACUUGGACUGAUACUUUGGCAAAAAUGUGGGCUCUGUGCAUGGCAGCAUUAGCUAUUAUAAGCAUCACACAUUGGGUUUACAGGUGGAGAAAUCCCAAAUGCCAUGGCAAGCUUCCACCGGGAUCAAUGGGAUUGCCACUGCUAGGCGAGACCUUACAGUUCUUCACUGCCAACACCUCUUCUGAUAUUCCUCCUUUCAUAAAAAAAAGGAUGGAAAAAUAUGGACCAAUAUUCAGGACUAAUUUGGUGGGAAGACCGAUUAUUAUUUCGACAGACCCGGAUCUGAAUUACUUUGUGUUCCAACAAGAGGGAAAUUUGUUUCAAAGUUGGUACCCAGAUACCUUCACAGAGAUUUUUGGGAAGCAAAAUGUUAGUUCCUUGCAUGGGGUUAUGUACAAAUAUCUCAAGAACAUGGUGCUGCAUCUCUUUGGACCCGAAAGCCUUAAAAAGAUGAUCCCUGAUGUUGAACAAGCGGCUCUCAGCAGAUUACAACAAUGGUCAUGUCAGGACAUUACAGAACUAAAAGAUGCAACUGCAAGUAUGAUAUUUGAUCUCACUGCAAAGAAACUUAUCAGCUAUGAUUCGAGUAAGUCCUCGGAGAAUUUAAGGGACAACUUUGUUGCAUUCAUACAAGGAUUGAUCUCCUUUCCUUUGGACAUCCCUGGAACAGCUUAUCACAAAUGUUUGCAGGGAAGGAAUAGGGCGAUAGGAAUGCUGAAAGACAUGCUACGGGAAAGACGAGGAAAGUCCCAAGAUCAGCCAAACGACUUUUUCGAUUACGUGAUUGAAGAACUUGAGAAAGAGGGAACAAUCUUGACAGAGGAGAUUUCUCUGGACUUGAUGUUUGUGCUGCUUUUUGCGAGCUUUGAAACAACUUCAAUUGCUAUGACUUUAGCCAUCAAGUUUCUAUCAGACCAUCCUCUGGUGCUAAAGCAAUUAACGGAAGAGCACGAAAUGAUUCUAAAACAAAGGAAAAAUGCUGAUUCGGGACUUACAUGGAAAGAAUAUAAAUCAAUGACUUUCACAUUUCAGUUCAUCAACGAAACGGUUAGACUGGGAAACAUAGCUCCAUGCAUCUUUCGAAAAGCGCUGAAGGAAAUCAAUUUCAAGGGAUAUACAAUUCCAGCAGGUUGGGGAGUUAUGGUUAGUAACACAACGGUACACUUAAACCCAGAAAUAUAUGACGAUCCUGUGGCCUUCAAUCCAUGGAGAUGGGAGGGAACGGAAACAAAUAGCGCAUCCAAAGAUUUCAUGGCUUUUGGCGGCGGACAGAGACUCUGCGUAGGAGCAGACUUUGCUAAAGUGGAGAUGGCUGUGUUUCUCCAUUGCUUAGUCACAAAGUACAGGUGGGAAGCAAUCAGAGGAGGAAAUAUAGUCCGAACUCCUGGGCUACAAUUUCCGGAAGGUUUCCACAUUCGUAUCCUGGAGAAAGAUAACAGGAAACAGCCUAUAAUUCCUGAUCCUUGAAGCAGAAAUGUCCGAGAGGGUAGAGCCACCAUAUGUUCUUUUAGAUUGUGAAGCAUGGACCAUUGAGCUUGCCAUUUCCUCAGUUUAAAUAUUUUCUAAAAUAAGAUUGGUUAGGAUUCGGAAUUUCUCUGAAUGUCCCGGGUUCAGACCACUAUUAUGAAAUGUACUCUGUAAUACAAUAAAGGCAAAGAAAAAAGAUUGGCAUGCUUCUACCUAGAUCUUUCUCAAUGUUUAAUGAUCUCCAUGUAACAGCCAUUCACUGAAGUUGUAGACAAAAAUACUUCAUGUGCAAUAAUAACAAUCAAAUUUAAGCAUUAACCCUGUCUCUAAGUUCAUUUGCAGCUUCAAUAACAAUCCAAACUGUCACAACAUCUAUAGUGAAUGGACCAACAGUUUUCCAUUUUAUAAAAAGAGCAUGUUAACUCUAGCAUCUUAAGUUGGACCAAAUCGACUGCUCUGCCCCUUCUCCAAACCUGUGCAUAAAGACACCCAGCUUAGUUGACAUGCACCUUAACAAGAACCAUCAAAGAACUAGUACCUAUCAAGAUAGUAACGUGAUAGCCCCCUUUGCCAAAGAUCUGAUAAAAACCAUAGCCAACACUAUGUAACUUACUUAAUUCAGCAAUUCAUAUCCCAAAAACCACCCAAAAAAACAAAAUCAUUUAUCAAGAA